AUGGCGACCCUUGUACUAUCCGACUCUCUUCCCUCUACAACUCUUGCUCAGCUUGAGGUCGGCACAUUCCUCGAAAACAUAGCAGUGCGCUCAAAUGGAGAUCUACUCGUGACCAAAUUGUGGCCUUCAGCUGCUAUAUACACGAUCCGAGCCCCAUGGGAACGUCAUAAUACACUCGAACAAGUCAUCUCAAUCCCUUCCAUCCAGAGCAUUUAUGGCCUUGCCCAGGUCGCACCGAGCCGUCAAGGUGUCGAGACAUUCAUUUUUGUCGGCGGCAACUCUACAGCCCCAGGAGGCACCGUAACUGGUUCGUUUGGUGCGUGGGCCAUCGACUUUGAAUCACCCGGAGGGGAAGUCAAGGUCAGGAAAAUCAGCGAUAUGAGCCUCCAGAGCAAAUUCCUCAAUGGCGUCACAGCCGUUCCGGGCAUAUCCAAUGUGGUUCUUGUGGCCGAUUCUGCUAACGGCCUUGUCGGCCGUCUUGAAUUGACCACGGGCAUCUUUGAUACCUCGACGUUCCGUUUCCCCCUUGAGAUGGACCCGGUUGAGGGUGCGAGGUUGCCCAUUGGCGUUAACGGCAUUCAGGUCCGCAACGAAAAUCUCUACUGGACCAAUUCAUUUCAAGCUUGCAUCUACUGUAUUGCAAUCACUCCUACCGGGUUCCCUGCUAGGUAUUCAGGACCGGAGCUUGUUGCCAAUUUAUCCAAAGGCGUCAACUUUCUGGAUGAUUUCGCCUUUGACGUCGACGGCAACAUCUAUGCAUCCACCAACCUUGACAACUCGAUUGUCUUUAUCGACGCCCAAUCCAAAGAGUGGAAGACGGUUGUGGGGGGUAUCGGAGAGAUGACUGUGGCCGGCUCUACAUCUGUUGCGUUUGGUCGAAGGGCCAAAGAUAAAGGAGUCCUCUACGUGAGCACAUCUGGAGCAAUCGCGACUCCCAUCAAUGGGACCGAGAUUGAAGGCGCCAAGGUUGUUGCUGUUGAUACUAGGCUUCGAGAAAUGUGA